AUGGCACUUGUCCCUAUCGUCAAUUCAGGCAAGUACAAGAUUAAGAACGUCAAGUUUGGCGCCAUCCGGGACGACGAGGGUUCCUUGGGGGCAAAAGGCAACUCCAAGUCCGAGGAACUUGUCUGGACUGUCACUCUGAACCCCGACAACUCGCAUACCCUUCAUGCCAUCUCCGCGAAUGCACCCGCUAUCGCUGGAGGGCCCGUCACCGAAGUUUCGAAGCGUUUCUAUAUCAGCCUCGAGAACCAAUCUGCCCAGGGCGUUCAUUGGUUCCUUCAGCCAGUUUUGAUCGGCUCUGAUCCCCGUAUCCUCUAUGCCAUCUACGAACCCGGUAGGAGGGGCCACUGGGAACUGUGUAGCGCAGACAAGAAGGAGCCUGUGAAGCUCAACAGGGAGCCUCAUGAUGACGAGAACAAGCCUGUUCCGACACACUUUACUCCGGAGGCCCUCUGGGUCUUUGAGCAUGUAAUAGGCGACGAAUAG